GCUUCCAUGGUCCAGCCACCAGCCCCCGGUAUCUCACACAGUCACACUCUCCCAACGCCACACCCUGAUGACGAGCCAAAGACAAAAGGGGUAGACGAGGACGAAGGGAACAUAGCAGGAGAGCGAGGGGCACGAGCGAGGCCCGAGGGAGACAGCGGCCGACCGGCCGCCCGGCAAUCAAGAGGAUGGGGGACGCCGAGCCGAGGCGCCGGCUGCGGUGGUGGCGCGGUCUCGGGCGCCGGCACCGGCGCCGGAGGCUCCCGGUCGUCCGGCUCGGCGGCGGGCGCGGGCGGGGGAUCCUGCGGAGGCUCCGGCUGCGCUGGCUGACGGCGCGGUGGGUCCGGCGCGUGGCGCGCAGGCUGGCCGCGAUCUACCUGGCGGCGCUGGCGGGCCCGCCCGCGCCGCCCGGCGCGGCGUCGUCGACCUGCCCGCCGUGGCUCGGCCUGGAGCCGUGCUUCGCCACGCCCUUCGUGGCGAGCACGAGGCCGUGCUGGUGACCGGUGAGCCGCCGCCGCGGACGGUCUUCUCAAGGCUGCGCCGGCGGCGUCGCAGCUCGGCCGUCGGUCCACGGUACGGUGGCGCCGCUAGCUAGCACCAGAUGACUACUGCGACUGCCCUACGGAGGAGACACCGAAAGAAGACGACGUGAAGCUUUGGUGAAACAAACGGCGGUCAGAGAUGCACGCAUAGAUAUGACUCCUUUCCUUCUCAGUUUCUGCUUGUUCUUGUUCUUCUUUUUGUAAGCAAAGAAACAGUAAUUUCUAAUUUCUUCGUCUUAAAUUUGAAUUCUAUCCACCGGCAAUAUAAUACAAUCUAAUCUUAAUCUGUGGGUUGAUCA